AGCAGACGCCGUGCGUCUUCCUGUAACCAACGAAGCGUCGCGACGCCGAAUCAUUUGAUUUUCCAGCCUCAUAGGGUCAGGAGCUUUUUGUGAUUUUGUGCAAUUUUUCCAAAAAAAAAGUGUGUGUGCGUGUUUUUCUCGUCGAGUGCAAAAUGUCGAUUUGAUGGUAGCCAUGUGGCGGCUGCCUUCGAGAUGUCUACAAGAAGAAUUGUUGGUCGCUAGAAGACUUGGACAGCACUGCGUUUAUGGGAAAUUGUCGUCUAGCAGCAUGAUUUAUCAUGCCGCCACCCCCGCGGACUCUUAUCAGCUCCUGAACGCCGCCAGUCAGCGAUUGGUGGCUCAGGGCUCCGGCCAGAUCCAACUGUGGCAAUUCCUGCUCGAGCUGCUCGGCGAUUCGUCGAAUUCUGGAUGCAUCGUGUGGGAAGGCGCCAACGGCGAAUUCAAGCUGACUGAUCCGGACGAGGUGGCGAGAAGAUGGGGCCAGCGAAAAUCCAAACCGAACAUGAACUAUGAUAAAUUGAGUCGAGCAUUGAGAUAUUAUUACGACAAAAACAUAAUGUCGAAAGUCCACGGUAAAAGGUACGCGUACAAAUUCGACUUCCACGGUCUGAUGGCGGCUUGCCAAGCCCAAGUGCAAACUCCCGGCGACAUGGUACCCCAUUACAAGUACCAGAGCCACCAAAGCGAUCUGGCGGUGACCGCGAUGUUUUCUGGGAACCCCGGAAGUGGUAGGAUUCCUGGAACGAUUUUGCCUCAUCAGCAAGGGUUGUUCCAUUCGACGUCGUACUGGGCGUAUUCGUCCUAAUUGUAGUUUUUGAUGAAAAUAUUGUAAUAUUGGAUUGUAUAUAUAAUAUAAACUAGAUUUGUA